ACAUCAAUGUCUCCGAGGUCUCAUGCAACAGAAAAACAAUCUGAUCAGACUUAUUAAAUUACUGUUGCAGCUAAAAGUCUUCAAGAGCCAACAACUUAGUCUAUGUCUUACCACAUAAAUUCCAUAUUUCUAUAUGCAAAUCUCUAUCUUUUUUUUUUGAUACUCCUAAUCAGCCGCCAUGAAAACUUAUCUAAACCCUCCUCUCAAAUUCUUCUGAUCUCUAUGAUUGUGUUAAAAAAGAUUCAGUUUUCUGCAAACUGAUUGAACAUUUUUCUUCUGUAUUAAGAUGCUCGAUUCUUGGAGAUAUUCCCCUGUGAAACCAAACAUCUUCUCCACCAUCACUUUUGCAUUGUUCGUGUUUGUUAUCAUUUUUACCGACAGUAUUGUAUCCAAUGUUUCGCUACAUUCUGAUGCUAUUGAACAUGGAAACAGCCAUCUCGAUGAGUUGCAGACUCACCAAACAUCACAAGUACUGCGUAUAACAUCAACAGAUGAUGAGGAUGCUGAUCAUAGGAUUUUGCUGCCUCCUUUUGAGGUAACAGAGGAAGUAAUUGUCCAGCCUGAAAACAAGCUAAAGCCUGAGGAUUUAAGGUUAUUUGAGAGAUCCCGUUUCACAAGAAGAUUCGAUGCUAGAGUUAGAGAAUUCUUUGGCAGCAAUCAAUGCAAAGUUCAGUUCUUCAUGACAUGGAUUUCACCCACUGAGUUGUUCGGCGAGAGGGAGUUUUUCGUGUUGGAGAGUGUGUUCCAGACCAAUCCCAAAAGCUGUUUGAUUAUCUUGUCAAGCACUAUAGACUCGGGAGAGGGUCGAAAGAUCUUGGAGCCUUUGAUUUCUCGCGGUUUUCGUGUUGGGGCAUUCUCUCCUGACUUAUGGGUUUUGUUCAAGAACACUCCCGCUGAGCGGUGGCUGAGUGAUAUCAAGAAUGGAGACAGGGAUCCAGGGGAGAUUCCCCUGGCACAGAAUCUGUCGAAUUUGAUUAGGCUUGCAGCUCUGUAUAAGUAUGGAGGGGUUUAUUUGGACACUGAUUUUAUAGUCUUGAAAGAAUUUUCAGGUUUGAGGAAUACAAUUGGAGCACAGAGUGUUGAUGUCAAUGGGAACUGGACGAGGCUGAAUAAUGCAGUUCUUGUUUUCGACAAGAACCACCCACUUGUUUACAAGUUCAUGGAGGAAUUUGCUUUGAGUUUUGAUGGGAAUAGGUGGGGUCAUAAUGGACCUUACUUGGUCUCUAGAGUGGUUGAUAGGCUGGCAAACACAGGAGAAGAGCUCAAUUGUACAGUCUUGCCCCCCAUAGCUUUCUAUCCAGUGGAUUGGACCAAGAUUUCCGGGUUCUUCAUCAAGCCUAAUGACCAGCUCGGUGCAAAAUGGACCGAGGCCAAGAUCCGGCAGCUUAACAGGUUGGCCUAUGGGGUGCAUUUGUGGAACAGGCAAAGCAGUAGAUUCAGGAUUGAAGAAGGAAGCAUUAUAAGGAGAUUGAUAUCUGAUCAUUGCGUUGUGUGCAGCAGGCAUGUUUGAGAUCUUAAGGAGGCGAAAUGAUCAGCUUAACCUGCAAGCUUAUAUUAAGCUGCAAAAGCCCAACAAAUGUGCAGAUUGUGAAUGGAUAAUUAGGAUUCUUUUUCAUACACAAAUAAGCUCAGGACUGGAGGAAACUGCAACCUUGUGUUUCCAUAUUUUCCAUGAUUGUUUUGGUACAUUUCCACUUUGUUCCAACUUUUGGCUUUUCUUUCUUUCCCAAUUGUAAAGGCAAAGAUUCGACUCUUUUUUUCUC